CUUGAAUGGCCGCCUGACGCAGGCGGUUCUCUUGCUACUGUGUUUAUGGGUUGAACGCGCGAAAGGCACUCACACUUCCUCCGUUGUCUGCUCCGAUCACGACGAACCUGUCGUCCUGUACUCACGAGAACGCGACUACGAUUGGCCUCUUUCCAGCGUCUAGUGAUGUAUAGUGCCCAUAUCCCUCUAUCCCGUCCGAACGUAGCGGAUAUGGCGAUAUCAUGCGGGGCUCUGCAUAUGCUCAUGGACACUGGACGAGAAUAGAGGGAGUUCAUUUGCCCCAACUUGAUGGGUACCUGCCGUUCGUGGUUACUUGAUCUAGCAUAAAAGCUCGAGAUUGGCCUCUGUGAUUUCCCAAGAGUUCAACUUGGCUCCUUCUCGCUACCUGCGCCAUAAACUGGCAGUAUCACUUUACAAAGCCAUGUCGACCAACGCUGACGUCGAAUCCCUCAUCUCGCUCAUCUCGUCAUCCGCCCGCGUUGCCGCUGCUGAAUGGCAGAGGACAGGAACGGACGUUCCUCCUCUAUCAGAGGCAGUGACGCACCCGAUCGACACCGCAACGGACGUCGUCGCCCUACAGCAGGCACUGCGCACACUUGAAGGCGCAUGCGAGCAUCUUACAACGUUGUUAAGUCCGCCUGGAUCCGUCAUUUUUCGGCGUACGUUCAACCCCGACACUCAUCUCCUCCGCAUCGCGGUGGAGCACAAGGUCCCCGACAUUCUCGCGAAGCACCCCAAUGGCCUUUCUCUCACCGAGCUCUCGAAGAUUGUGAACGUCCCCGAGCUGAAGUUGGGCCAGAUCAUGCGUGGGCUAGCUACCCGUCAUGUGUUCGUUGAAGUCAACACCGAUAUCUUUGCGAACAAUCGCCUCUCCCACUCGAUACGAUCCUACCUGCCUAACGGUCUGUAUGCCUUGGCAAGCCGCGGUUUGAACGAGACUCAGAGUGCAGGCUCGAACUUGUACGAGUCACUUUGUGAUGAAUCGUGCGGCCCAUCGUUCGAAGCCAAGGACAGCCCGUUCAUGCACAUGGCCCGCAAAGAUGGGUUCGAAGGCAAUGGCGUCUUUGGAUGGCUCGAGGCCAAUCCAGCGAGGCGUGAAAACUACGCAAUCGCAAUGAUCGGUAUGGGGUACAGUUGCGGUGGUCUCAAUGUCCUGCAUGCAUUCCCAUGGCAAAACUACACCUCUGUGUGCGACAUCGGCGGCAGUGUCGGCACUGUCUCGAUGCCGCUCGCACGAAAGUAUCCUCAUUUGAGAAUCACGAUUCAGGACCGUGAGGAGGUCACUCAGCACACAAUCGACCAUUGGGCAUCCAACUACCCAGAAGCUGUCGCAGAGAACCGCGCUCACUUCGUCCCUAUCGACUUUUUGACAGGCGCUCCCGUGGAAGGAUGUGAUCUCUACUACAUGCGUUUCAUCCUACACGACUGGCCUCAAUCCGACGCCCAAAUCAUCGUGAACAAUGUCCGCAAGGCGAUGUCACCCAAGAGCCGCCUGCUCAUCCACGACUACAUGAUCACUCCCCUCGACCGCAAGUCCGGUCUCGUCGAGGCGCGCGAGCACGGUAUCGAGCCUGCACCCGAGCCGCUGCUGCCCAACUACGGCGCGGGACGCGCUCGGGCGCAUUGCAUGGACAUCGGCAUGCUGCUGCAGUACAACGCGAAAGAGCGCUCGCUGACCGAGUUUUUGGAGCUUGCGACAAACGCAGGUCUUAAGUUUGAAAAGCAUUGGGAUCUCGCUGAGACAUCAAUGCUGGAGUUCAGUAUCGCUUGAUAGACUGUGCUGUGGAUGAUCUCGUGGGUUGUAUAUUCAAACUGUAAAUAGCGCAUUAUUUCACCGUGUCUUCG